UAGUUCGAACGUUUUGAUGCAACUCUAUUCCUAAAUUCCACGUAGUUGAAAUUUGUGAAUUAGCGGAUUUUACACGUUUUAAAUAUAAUGUCGGGUGUCUAAGUCAUUAGUUUUAGUUGUAUAAGUGGAAAGUGCAAAUAAGCGAGCAUAAGAAAGACAAACCACAGCCAUGAACAUACCCGAACAAAGCCGUUUCGCGAUCUACGCGUUGGGCAUCUUUUUCACAUACUUCUUGUAUGGAAUCGUCCAGGAGAAACUUACGCGCGGUCGGUAUGGAGAUCAGGUGCAACCCGAUGGCAAUGUGGGCGAACGUUUCACUUAUACCCUGGCCCUUGUGUGGGUGCAGUGCUUGUGCAAUUAUCUAUUUGCCAAAGGCAUGCUUACGGUGAAACCGCAGAAAGAGGAUACUACACACACGGGCUAUUAUGCGGCAAGUUCACUCACAUAUCUUCUGGCCAUGGUCUCAACGAAUAUGGCACUACGUUGGGUGCCUUAUCCAACCGCCGUUGUUGGCAAGUCAGCCAAGCCCAUUCCAGUGAUGAUACUGGGUGUGCUGAUUGGACGCAAGUCGUAUAGCUGGACGAGAUAUGGCUGCGUACUCACCAUUGUUCUGGGAGUCAUUCUGUUCAUGUUCAAGGAGAGCAAGGUGUCCAAUUUACCCGCUGAGACGACAGGACUUGGCGAGCUACUGCUCUUCUUGAGCUUAUCCAUGGAUGGCCUAACUGGCGCAAUACAGGAGCGUAUGCGUGCCGCCAGUGCACCGUCCGGUCAGCAAAUGAUGCUGUCCAUGAACUACUGGAGCACAUUAAUGCUCGGCGUUACCAUGAUUGUGACAGGCGAAGGAAUGGCGUUUAUUCAGUUUGGCAUUCGGCAUUCAGAGGUUUGGUUACAUCUGUCCAUGAUUGCGCUAUGUGGCGCUUUGGGUCAACUCUUCAUUUUCCUGAUGGUUGCGAAUUUUGGACCUUUAGCCUGCUCUGUGGUCACCACCACACGUAAAUUCUUUACAGUCCUUUGUUCCGUGCUGUUGUUUGGAAAUGUACUGAUUGCUCGGCAGUGGCUCGGCGCUUCCUUGGUCUUUGCAGCGCUCGUUACGGAUAUGGUAUAUGGGAAAAAACAGCAUUCGACAGCGGACAAUAAGAAACCGCCCGGCGAAGGAAAACUAAAGGAAGAGCAGAAGAAACUGAUUUCAUAGAAUUUAUUACAAUGUAGUUUGUCAUAUUUGUAAAUGCAAUACAAAUCACCUGUAGCUUAAUUUAGUUUGUGCUGUAAGUCGUACAAAAGCUAAUUCUUAUAUUUUUAAGAACCACA